AUCAUCUUCCCCGCAUCAUGGAUUUGUCAAGCCUCACUCCCUCAACCUCACUACUCACAAGUCAACUCACCACUAGCACCUAUAACAACACAGGUACAGCAAAAAUGAUCAGCGACCAAGAUCUGGAGCAUCUCCGUCUGGCAGUCUCACUCGCCCACGAAGCCCUCAAAGCAGGAGACGCCCCUUUCGGUUCAGUCCUCGUCUCAUCAGACAAUAAAGUCCUUCAAACAGACAGAAACCGCACCGUCACAGGCUCCAACGGUGAUGGUCGUGCUGACUCGACGCUCCACCCCGAGUUCACCCUUGCGCGCUGGGCACAGCUCAACCUAAGCGAUGAAGAGCGCGCAAAAUCUACUGUGUACACGAGCGGUGAGCACUGCGCUAUGUGUUCUGCUGCCCAUGCGUGGUGUGGACUUGGAAGGAUUGUGUAUGUUUCUUCAACGGAGCAGCUGGAGGCUUGGAAGGCCGAGUUUGGGGUUGGAGCACCGGUUGCGCCGUUGAGCAUCAACCAGGUUGCUCCGGGAAUUACCGUUGAAGGACCUGUUGAAGAACUGGCUAAGGAGGUUUACCAGUUCCAAGUUGAGAAUUGGACGGCUAAGGGUUUCAAGUCCAAGUCCAAGGCUUGAGGUAGAAUCUGCGAUGUUUCUGAGAUGAGAUGUAGCGUGGCGAAUUUGGCUGGAGAUGUACAAAUGUCUGAGAGUGAUUUGGUAGCGGAAGCUUGAGACGUUUGAAUGUAAAAAGAUGCCUUUCAGAAUUGCUUGUUGUAACAUUCGUGUAGAAGCUCGUGAUGUGAGGCCCAUGGGUUGAGUCUUGGGUUGACUUAUAUGCUUGUUCCGCCAACUCCAGUAAGCAAGAACCAAGCCAUAGAUAUGGAGAGAUCAAACCAAAUACAUGCUUCAGAUCUCUUAUUUGAUAUAAUUUAACUCGAGGUCAACGAGAUUGCAAAUUGAUCGAU